UGUGAAGUGUGAUAAAUAAAUAAGAAAACAAAAAUGCAACAAUUAGAACCCAAAGGACAUGGUAAUAACUUAGUGACUGUUAUUUUGAAAUUAAAUGAUUAAGAAUAAGACGUAAAACAAAUAUCUUAUGUCACUGCACAUGAUUGUACCAAACUAAAACCAUUUUUCUUCUUUCCAUUAUUAUUAUUUUUUAUUGAAUGAUGAGGAGUUGCUGUGACGGGUGCCUUAAAGUUGUGGUUUUAAACAAUGCCGACAUUAACAUGUACAUUUUAUAAAAAGUCCAAUAAUAUGAGCAUGACAGACAAAGUUAUGGUACAUCUAUAUUAUUAUAGCACAUCCAGCAAAUUUCUAUAAAACCAUAAAAAUCCACAAUUAAACGUGAAAAUAUAUAAAUAAUGUGAAGCAUAGUUCAGCAAGAUGCUUUGGUUGUCAGGGGCACCACUAAGAAGGUUUAAUGAACCCACAUGUUUUGGAACAACAUACGCUCCUAGGGCUGGGCGAUAUCUCGAGAUUUUAAAAAUAUCGAGAUUUUUUUCAAAAGAGAUACAAGACGAGCCUAUAUCGUUUAUAUCGAGAUGCUCUACGUUGCAUUUUAAUUAUUAUUUUAGAUCCGCCAAUUCUGUGUCUGUGCUGAACUUCCCACGGCCCCUCCUCCUUCCCACUCUGAAGACAAAUCACCCCUCCCCUAGACCCUACGUGUCUUCCGGCAGCUAGCUAAGCUAGAGCUAAUAGGAAGAUUAGCGUGCCGCRUGAACACUGAACAGCCACGACAAGAUGGAAGGUGAGAGUGAAAGUACGGGAGAGGAUACUGAAGAGCACUUGGUGAGCAAAAAGAAAAACAACGGCUCACUCAUUUGGAGAUGGUUCGGAUUCAAAACCACAGAUGAGCAGCAGAAAGACGUAAUUUGUAGUUUUCCUGGCACAAAAUCUGUAAAAUGUUCAGUAGUUAGCCUGGUUGUGUUCUCAUUUUUUUUUUUACAUUUGCACUUAAAAGAUGCACUGGCAAAAGGAUGUAAUCAAGUUUGAGUUCAGUCUGUUUACAUGUAAUUUGCUCAAAGUUCAAGAUGAUGGUUGUACAGGAGUACACAAGCACUUUAAAUUCUGUCUGUAGAAACUGAAUUUAAAGAGCAAGUUGAUCUAUUGUUAUAAUUGCCCUUUUCUGUUUACAUUUAUUUGCACAGCUUUGAUUUCUGUUUUGUUAUGAAUGAAAAAAAGAGCAUAAUUUUAUUUGAGGAGGAUUAUUAUUUAACAUUUGCCAGUAGGUUAUUUUUGAGCCAUUUAUACUGUUUCAACUGUUUAAUAAAUGUGUCUGCGUGGCAGACAAAGAUAAA